UUUUCGAGUCCGAGCGAAGCAACUGGCGGAGCAGAACGGAUCGCGAGGUCAGCCAUGUCAUCUGAGCCUCCCCCACCACCACAGCCCCCUACCCAUCAAGCUUCAGUCGGGCUGCUGGACACCCCUCGGACCCGCGGGCGCUCACCUUCCCCUCUGCGGGGCAACGUGGUCCCAAGCCCACUGCCCACUCGCCGGACGAGGACCUUCUCAGCGCCGGUGCGGGCUUCACAGGGCCCCGUCUACAAAGGAGUCUGCAAAUGCUUCUGCCGAUCCAAGGGCCACGGCUUCAUUACCCCAGCUGAUAGUGGCCCCGACAUCUUCCUGGACAUCUCUGAUGUGGAAGGGGAGUAUGUCCCAGUGGAAGGCGACGAGGUCACCUAUAAGAUGUGCUCCAUCCCGCCCAAGAAUGAGAAGCUGCAGGCUGUGGAGGUCGUUACCACCCACCUGGCACCAGGCACCAAGCAUAAGACCUGGUCCGGACAUGUCGUCAGUUCCUAGGAGAUGCUGGAAGCACCCCUUCUCCUGUGCUUGUGGGAGACUUUGCGGGGAGGCGGCGGCAGACACUGGAGAUGACAUUCUUCCAUACGAGACAGGGCUUCGGCAGGGCAUGGUCCCUUUCAAGUAUCUCCUGGAGGAAGAGGUGUGGGGGGCAGGCGUGGGGUGUUCCGACCACCAGCACAGCCUCUGACCAUCACAGCAACCUCUCACCAUCUGAAGUGCAUUAAAAGCAUUUAAAAAGGAAAAAAAAAAAAAAAAAA